CUUAACACCGUGUUCGACAUGGCUCGUACAAAGCAGACCGCUCGUAAAUCCACCGGUGGCAAGGCACCCCGCAAACAGUUGGCCACCAAAGCCGCUCGCAAGAGUGCGCCGGCCACUGGAGGAGUCAAGAAACCCCAUCGUUAUCGUCCCGGCACUGUCGCCCUUCGUGAGAUCCGUCGCUACCAAAAGUCGACCGAGCUUCUGAUCCGCAAGUUGCCAUUCCAGCGCUUGGUCAGAGAAAUCGCCCAGGAUUUCAAGACCGACUUGCGUUUCCAGAGCUCGGCCGUCAUGGCCUUGCAGGAGGCCAGCGAAGCUUACUUGGUGGGUCUUUUCGAAGACACCAACUUGUGCGCCAUCCACGCCAAGCGAGUCACCAUCAUGCCAAAAGACAUCCAGCUCGCUCGCCGGAUUCGUGGUGAACGUGCUUAAGCGACUUAUUCUUUGACUUACCAAUCGGCCCUUUUCAGGGCCACCAUCAUUUUAUAGAAAAGACAUCUACCGACUAAAUAUUUUCUUGAAUUGGACUUAAUUAGUUUGGAAUUGUUAUGUAAUUCUAAGCCCUUUUCUACCUAGUAAACUAAACAACCUUAUGGAAAAUUUGUCAUUUACAUUAAGCUUUUCUACAAAGGGAUAAGCUUGUUUUUUGUUUUCAUUAUUUAGUCUAAAGGCUUUUAAGAAAUAACCCAGCAACAUGUUUUGGACAGUAACUAGUGUUGGGUUCAUCAAUUCCAAGGCACUGAUUUCAAUAAUUACUCAGGAACAAACAUGUAGGUUUCACAGCAAAAGAUGAGGUUACGCGAGAAGGAGAA